GUUGUAGUUGAUCCGUCCGCUCGCUAGGUAGUGAUUGGCUGAUAGUAACGCGGUGACCCAGCAAGAAAUGGAUUCGUUUCGUGAUGUUCACGUGUGGCUACUCAUUCUGAUUGUGGGGAGUGCCUCCGCCCUGCACUACGAUUGUCUGCCAUCGAAAGUACUGGAAGGCAAGGAAACACCAUCCUGCCUACUGGACGGUGUAACGUUGCCCACCGCCGAGCACUUGCAGAACGUCACAUUCAGCUCGAACCAUGCCGCCGUUACGAUGGAGCAUGGUCUGAUUCCGCACUUUACAGCCGAACUCGCCCGGAAGCUCCCAAAAGUGGAAGACCUCACCCUGGUUGGUAUGGGCGUGAAGAAAUUGCUUAUUUGGCGUAGCUUGAAGCACCUCUCCGCGUACAAUAACAGCAUCGAAACGCUGGAGUUCGACGAUGGUCUAAGCGGGAAACUCGGCAGUGAGUACGAGCUAACGUCGCUGGUGCUGAACGGUGGACUACUGAAGACUGUGCCACCACUGGGUAGCCGAUUCAAUCGCCUAAAGCUUCUCUCGCUCGAUAAUAACCUGCUGGAACAGGUGAAGCUAGACGAUUUCGUGGGACUGACCCACCUGCAAAGCCUGUCGCUUGCCUCCAAUCGACUGAUACAGGUCGAGCUCGGUGCCUCACCCGAGCAUGCCGGGUUUGCGCUGCUCAAGCUGAUGCAUCUAUCGCUGGCCGGCAACCAGUUGCUCACCCUUAACAUGACCGGCUGGGAGUUGGGUUCACUGGCGUCGCUUGAUCUGUCCGACAACAACCUCUACCUGCUCGCCGGUGGGCUGGACAGCUUGGGCGCGCUGAAAGAGCUCCGUUAUGCCCGAAACGAUUGGAACUGUGAGUGGUUGAGUAAAGUGCAACUGCAUCUCACCAGCGAAGCGAUCUCCGUCGUCGACCGUGAACCGGAGGGCAGGUGUGCCGAGUCUUCGAUGAAGGAACUGCAAGGAAUCUGCUGUUACGAGCACGCCGAACUCGAUUACUCAACGGACGUGUUUGGGACACGCUGGGAGCAACUGGCUGGAUUGCAGCGCCAGUACGAACUGCUGCAGUAUACGCACGAUCUGCAGACCGUAAAGGAAUCGGAAGCCAUCGUUGAUGAGGAUCGGAUGUUCCGGAACCGUCUAGACCGGACGAAUCAGGCCCAGGAUGGGCUGGAGCAGUCCUUGAAACGUCUUCAAUCGAACGUAGCGGAUGAAGUGGAACGAAUGGAGCGUCUGUCGCUCGGUAUUACGCGCUCGAUGGCGGAGCUUCGCCGAUCGUUGAACGAUCUGUAUCAGCUAAGCAUCCAACCGGAACCAUCACUCGAUGCCAUCCGUCAGCAGACGGCAGUGGGAAGCGUUGAGCGCAUGGAGACGCAAAUCGAUAAGCUACGGCGAGGGAUUCGCGAGUACGCCGGAAGCACGGAGAUGCGCGAGAACCAGCUACGCAGAUUGAGUGAGCGGUUGGCCGAGGUGAACGGCAUGAUUAUGCAGUUCGAGCUGGAAAACCAACUGUCGCAGCAGCAUGUGGCCGACCUGGAGGCAACGGUAAAGAUGGCCUACGAUCUGAUCGACCGUAAUCCAUCGAAACCCCUGGGAUCGCGUGUGGCAGUAUAACAUCGUGGGGAAAUAAAGUUCUAGAGAUCUUUUUUGUCGGUUUCA